GCUUCGAGGGAAGCACAUGUCACGGAAAACAGCAGGCGAAUAUACACAGCUACUGUACGAAGGAAAGUUGAUGAUAUUUAUUGCUGUUUUUAACAUAGAAGAGAUUUUAAGGACUGGAAAAUGGCCACAAUAGCUCCACGACCACCACCACCACCACCCCCUCCUCCAUCCUCUGGAAACCAGCCUCGUACCAGAUCUCCACCCAGCCCUCAGCAUGCUGCAAAACCAUUUAAUUAUACUGACAGUCCAGUCCAGGAGACAACUCCUUCACAAGAGGCUGUACCUGAUGCAGAGGGUGCACUAGCUUCACCACAGCUACCAGGUCAAAAUGGGGAACCCCAGUUGCCUCCGACAGAAGAACAAGAUGACAGUCCCUCUGAUGAUGAAGAGAAAUGCUAUCGAGCACCAGUACCAGAAACUGAGCCGGCACCGCAGACAACAGAGCAGCAAGAUGAAGCACCCAUUCAGAUGGACGAGGCUGGAGAGGACCAGUUGAUCUGAAGCACCUUUAGGUCCUUGAAAAUAAAGAUACUUUUACAUUUACCAGUACUUGAAAAUGCUGUUCAGAACUGCACUGAAACUGUUACAUGGUAUAGCUGAGUGAGCACAUCGCUUUAUGUUUAGGCCAAAGAUAUUUUUAUGUAAAUGCUAGCCAUACACUUUACAGAGCCUUUGAGAAACUCUUAAACUUAAAAAUAGAUAUUUUAGCGACAUCCAUAAAAAUCUAUCGUAAAGAAUGCCGAAGUUAUAAACUAUAAGGACAGGGCAGAAGCACUUUUAUCAUUUAUUGUUUCCAUUUUUUUUAUUUAAAGGAAAAUUUAACUGAACCUCACCUAAAAAGGUCAGAUCCCUAGGAUUUGGGAGUAUCAUUCAUUCCAUGAACACAGUUUUAUUUUGUCUUUCUGCCUCUGGAGACUGCUAAGUUUUACAGCCUGAGUUACAAAGUUGGAGUUGGAGUUGGAGUUCUAAAGACAUGGGCAUUUUCUUUGGAGGGAUAUGUUUUGGUUGAAUUUAGGGAAUUGUAGGAUCAAACUUUUUUGGAGCUUGACCCAUAUGUGAGAACUAAAGUCAGGAUAUCUCGACCUCUGCAUCUUUAAUUUUAAGCACUCUAUUUUAAUCUGUCUCCUCUGAGUCCUCCAGUUUUAUGGAAUAAUGUGCAAUACCAACUUGAGGGAGAACCCCUUUAUUUGAAGUACAGUCUCUAAAGUACUUGAAUAGAAAGAUCAGUUACGUCCAUUGCUUGUGAUUUUUUUUAAUGAUCUCUUUUUUGUUUGUUUAUUUAAAUGCACAUUUAGAGCAAUUUUUUUUAUUUUUGUUUCACUUUGUCACUAAAAUGUUUCCAUAAAUUAAAUUCAAGCCUCCUUUGAACAUCCAGUGUCUUUGCUUUACUGCUUUAAGGUAAACUUGAAAAUAUGUUGGAUAGUCCACGGCCAUGCUAGCAGGUUUCAGUUUAGUGUGCUAGCAUGCUAACUUUAGCUAAUUAGCAGUUAACAAUUAUACAUGUAUUGAAGGUGUAGGGUUUAGAGGCGUCUACUGGCAGAAAUUGUAAACAAUCUUUAUGACUAUGUUUUCAUUAGUCUAUAAUCACCUGGAAAAAAAAAGAAUUGUGUUUUCAUGACCUUACAAUGAGCCGUUUAUAUCUACAUGAGAAGUGGGACCUCUCCUGCAGAGUCCGCCAUGUUGUUCUACAGUAG